AUGACCGAGCCCACCAAAAUCAGCAUCCUGGGCCAGGAGAGCAUUGUCGCUGAUUUUGGUUUGUGGCGCAACUACGUCGCGGCAGACCUGGUCAACGGCUUGCCCUCCACCACCUAUGUCCUCAUCACCGAUACCAACCUCGGCUCUAUCUAUACUCCUAGUUUCCAAAAGGCCUUCGAAACCGCCGCCGCCUCCGUAUCCCCCACCCCUCGCCUCCUCGUCUACAAUGCCGCUCCAGGUGAAAGCUCAAAGUCUAGACAGACAAAGGCCGACAUCGAAGAUUGGAUGUUGAGCCAAAGCCCGCCAUGUGGCCGUGAUACCGUUGUCAUUGCGCUGGGUGGUGGUGUUAUUGGUGAUCUGACUGGAUUCAUUGCUGCAACCUACAUGCGCGGUGUUCGCGUUGUGCAAGUCCCCACUACCCUGCUUGCCAUGGUGGAUUCCUCCAUUGGAGGUAAGACUGCCAUUGAUACACCCCUCGGAAAGAACCUGAUUGGUGCCAUUUGGCAGCCAUCAAGGAUCUACAUCGAUCUGGAAUUCUUAGAGACCCUCCCUGCGCGAGAGUUUAUCAAUGGCAUGGCAGAGGUUAUCAAGACCGCCGCGAUCUCGAGCGAAGAGGAAUUUACCGCGCUUGAGGACAACGCGGAUACCAUUCUUAAUGCUGUCCGCAGCGAGGUUAAGCCUGGCCAGGGCCGUUUCGACGGCAUCCGUGACAUUUUGAAGGCUAGAAUCUUAGCUUCAGCUCGUCACAAGGCCUUCGUUGUGUCUGCGGACGAGCGUGAAGGUGGUCUCCGAAACCUGCUGAACUGGGGUCACUCCAUUGGCCACGCCAUUGAGGCUAUUUUGACUCCUCAGAUUCUCCACGGAGAGUGCGUUGCGAUUGGUAUGGUCAAGGAGGCUGAGCUCGCCCGACACCUGGGAAUCUUGAAGGGUGUCGCGGUCGCCCGUAUUGUUAAGUGUAUCUCAGCCUACGGCCUGCCCACUUCAAUGAAGGACUCUCGUGUGCGUAAAUUGACUGCAGGCAAACACUGCUCUGUUGAUCAACUGAUAUUCAACAUGGCACUUGAUAAAAAGAACGACGGUCCCAAGAAGAAGGUUGUCCUGCUGUCUGCCAUUGGACGCACUCAUGAGCCCAGAGCCAGCACCGUCUCCAACCAAGAAAUUCGCAUCGUUCUGGCUCCCAGCGUUGAAGUCCAUCCUGGUGUGCCCAAGUCUCUUAGCGUGACAUGCACACCCCCCGGAUCCAAGUCCAUUUCGAACCGUGCCUUGGUUCUUGCUGCUCUCGGCUCUGGCACUUGCCGUGUCAAGAACCUCCUACACUCCGAUGACACCGAGGUCAUGUUGAACGCCCUCGAGAAGUUGGGAGCUGCAACUUUCUCUUGGGAAGAGGAGGGUGAAGUUCUUGUUGUUAACGGAAAGGGUGGAAACAUUGUUGCCAGCCCAUCAGCUCUUUACCUCGGUAACGCUGGAACCGCUUCCAGAUUCCUGACCACUGUGGCAACCCUCGCCACUCCUAGCACUGUGGAUGCCAGUAUCCUCACCGGUAACAACCGAAUGAAGCAAAGGCCCAUUGGUGAUCUUGUUGAUGCUUUGACUGUCAACGGAGCUGGUGUCGAGUACAUGGAGCGCAAGGGCAGUUUGCCCCUUAAGAUUGCCGCUUCCGGUGGCUUUGCUGGAGGCAACAUCAACUUGGCUGCUAAAGUUUCUUCUCAGUAUGUGUCAUCGUUGCUCAUGUGUGCUCCCUACGCCAAGGAGCCUGUGACUUUGAGACUGGUUGGAGGCAAGCCUAUCUCCCAGCCUUACAUUGACAUGACUACUGCCAUGAUGCGAUCUUUCGGCAUUGAUGUGAAGAAGUCCACCACCGAGGAGCACACUUACCACAUUCCUCAGGGUCAUUACGUGAACCCUGCCGAGUAUGUCGUUGAGAGCGAUGCUAGCUCCGCAACCUAUCCUCUGGCAAUUGCAGCCAUCACAGGCACAAAGUGCACCGUUCCCAACAUUGGCUCCAAGUCGCUCCAGGGCGAUGCUCGCUUCGCAGUUGAUGUUCUCAGGCCCAUGGGCUGCGUGGUUGAACAAAGCGACAACUCUACUACCGUUACCGGCCCCAGUAGCGGCAUUCUCCGUCCCCUUGCCAACGUGGAUAUGGAGCCCAUGACGGAUGCUUUCCUCACUGCCUCUGUUCUCGCAGCUGUUGCCCGUGGCGAGGGCACAAAUCACACAACCCGUAUCUAUGGAAUUGCAAACCAGCGCGUCAAGGAAUGUAACCGUAUCAAGGCCAUGAAGGACGAAUUAGCCAAGUUUGGCGUGGUCUGCCGUGAACAUGAUGACGGUCUGGAGAUUGAUGGUAUUGAUCGCUCCACCCUUCGAUUCCCCUCCGGUGGUAUUUACUGUUACGAUGAUCACCGUGUUGCUUUCAGCUUCAGUGUCCUGUCCCUUGUUGCUCCUCAGUCUACUCUGAUUCUUGAGAAGGAAUGUGUCGGUAAGACCUGGCCCGCAUGGUGGGAUGCUCUGAAGCAGAUCUGGGACGUGAACCUUGAUGGAAAGGAGUUGACUGAGCAUGAGUCAACUGUUUCGACCCAGGAAGAAAAGGCCAGUGCAUCCAUUUUCAUCAUCGGCAUGCGUGGUGCUGGCAAGACUACCACCGGCAGCUGGGUUGCCAAGAGUCUUGACAGGCCCUUUAUCGAUCUCGACAACGAUCUUGAGGCAACAGAAGGCAUGACUAUUCCCGAAAUGAUUAAACAGCGCGGCUGGGAAGGAUUCCGCGAUGCAGAGCUCGCUACGCUCAAGCGUUGCAUGCAAGAUCGACCAAACGGUUACGUGUUCGCGUGCGGUGGUGGUGUGGUAGAGAUGCCCGAGGCCCGAAAGCUUUUGACCGAAUGGCACCAGAGCAAGGGCAAUGUCCUUCUGGUCAUGCGUGACAUUAACCUUGUCAUGGACUUCUUGAACAUCGACAAGACCCGUCCCGCCUACGUGGAGGACAUGAUGGGAGUGUGGCUGCGCCGGAAGCCUUGGUUCCAACAAUGCAGCAACAUCCAGUACUACAGCCAGCACUCUAAUACAACGGAGCUUGCGCUAGCAUCGGAAGACUUCGACCGUUUCAUGAAGGUGGUUACCGGUCAAGUGGAUCAACUCGAUGCUAUCAAGAAGAAGGAGCACAGUUUCUUCGUCUCUUUGACCCUGCCUGAUCUGCGUCAGUGCAGCGAGAUCCUGACUCAGGCCUGCAUUGGAUCUGAUGCUGUGGAGCUGCGCGUUGAUCUGCUGAAGGAUCCCAACGCGGAUGGUGACAUUCCUUCCCUGGACUAUGUCAAUGAGCAAAUGUCUUUCCUCCGCAAGCGCGUUUCUCUGCCCCUUAUUUUCACCAUUCGCACCAAGAGCCAGGGUGGUCGCUUCCCCGAUGAUGCUCACGAUGCUGCCAUGCAACUGUACCGGUUAGCAUUCCGCGCUGGAGCUGAGUUUGUGGAUCUUGAGAUUGCCUUUCCCGAUGAGAUGCUCCGCGCCGUCGCUGAGAUCAAGGGUCACUCCAAGAUUAUUGCGUCCCACCAUGACCCGCUCGGAAAGCUGUCUUGGGCUAACAUGUCUUGGAUUCCCUCCUACAACCGUGCUUUGGAGUACGGUGAUGUAAUCAAGCUUGUGGGCGUUGCCAAGAGCCUUGAUGAUAACACUGCUCUGCGCAAGUUCAAGAACUGGGCUGCACAGGCACACAGUGUCCCGUUGAUCGCCAUCAACAUGGGUGACAACGGCCAGCUUAGCCGCAUUCUCAAUGCUUUCAUGACCCCUGUGUCUCACCCAAGCCUGCCCUUCAAGGCGGCGCCUGGCCAGCUGUCUGCAACUGAGAUCCGCAAGGGUCUCUCACUUAUGGGUGAGAUCAAGACCGAGAAAUACGCCAUCUUUGGCUCUCCUGUCUCCCAGUCCCGCUCGCCCGCCCUUCACAACACCCUCUUUGCCGAGAUGGGACUCCCUCAUGAGUAUGGUCGCAUCGAGACUACAAACGUGGAGGAAGUCAAGGACUUCAUCCACGCUCCUGAAUUCGGCGGUGCCUCCGUGACUAUUCCCCUCAAGCUCGACAUCAUGCCUCUUUUGGAUGAAGUCGCCCAGGAGGCCGAGAUCAUCGGUGCCGUCAACACCAUCGUUCCCGUGGACGCCGCCGGUAAGCGCAAGCUUGUCGGAUACAACACCGACUGGCAAGGUAUGAUUCAAUCCCUGCGCAACGAGGGUAUCUACGGAUCAAGCGGCACCGAAAGCGCUGUUGUCGUUGGUGGCGGCGGUACUGCCCGUGCUGCUAUCUUUGCCCUUCACCACAUGGGUUACUCUCCUAUCUACGUGGUCGGGCGUACCGCCAGCAAGCUUGAGGGUAUGGUUUCGACUUUCCCGUCCAGCUACAACAUCCGCAUCGUGGAUAACCACGCUCAAAUUGACACCGUUCCUCAUGUCGCUGUCGGCACUAUCCCCGCAGACCGUCCCAUUGAUCCCGCCAUGCGUGAAACUCUCAGCAAGAUGUUUGAGAGUGCCAAGACCGAUGGUACAUCGACUGAGUCUCCUCGUGUGCUUCUCGAAAUGGCCUACAAGCCCUCCGUGACAGCGCUGAUGGAGCUGGCUUCCGGUGCGGGCUGGAAGACGAUCCCUGGAUUGGAGGUUCUUGUUGGUCAAGGCGUGCACCAGUUCGAAUACUGGACUGGUAUCACACCCUUGUACAAAGUUGCCAGAGAUGCGGUCAUGGGUAUCAAGUCGAUCGAGUAG